GCUCUUCGGAAAGAAGUGCCGAAGAAACUAUUUAUAAACCUCACAGCCCUCUCUUUUAUAUGUGGGUAGUACAGCUUUUAUUUCCGGUGAUUUUGAUCUCCUUGGUUUAUGAGAAAGAACGAAGGCUUCGAAUGAUGAUGAAAAUGCAUCGAUUCGGAGACGACCCCUACUGGUUUAUCAACUACGUUUACUUCCUUGUGUUUUCCAUGUAGUUCUUUUUCAUGAUUUUUGGCUAUGCCAUCGGCUUGGACUUUUUCAAAAAGAACUGUUACAGCAUACAGUUUAUAGUUUACUUUGUCUACAUGAACAUGAGAAUAGCUAUGGCUUUUCUGGCGACGAGACUGUUUUCGGAUGUUUUGACUGCCACAGUUUGCGGGUACUUGUACGUUUUUGGGUUCGGGCUGUUAGGAACGUUUCUCAUGGUAGUAUAUCGAGGACAUGACUAUUAGCAGAAAGAUAUCUCUGCGACCGAAAUACUUCCUCCCUAUACGUAUUCUCGCAGUACGCGUUGCCGGGAUCGAGGGCUGGUACAAAGGGAAUGGAAUGGAAGGACCUCGAUAAUGGAUUGCGGGAGAUUCUUCGAAUGAAUUAUUUUCCUAGUUCUGGCACAUUACCUGGAUAAAGUGAUUGCUUCGGGCUACGGGCUGAAGAGAAGGCCAUUGUUUUUUCCACAAGUCGGCAGCUGCAGCCAGACCAUCUAAGCAGGCCAGAUGUUGCAAACGAGAGAGCAAUCGUUACCAUCAAGGUGGAAAGAACGAGUGGAAAGAACGGCUGGGCAUCCAAGCGUGGGGAUUGGCAGAUACCACGCUAGAAGAUGUUUUCAUCAAAUUAGCAAACAAGUAAAACUCUACAUUCAAACUGGCUGUAAGGCGGAAACCUGGAAUACUUCGAGUUGCAUGAAUCUGGAGAUGAGAGACGAGAUAUGUUUUAGAUUUUUCUUCGUUGUUUUCUACUUAUGGGUUGACAUCCAGCUUCUGCUUCCAAUAAGUGAUGCUGAUUGCGAGAAGAACGAAACCUUCGUACAUGGAUGAUCCAUAAAUCUUGUAUAGUAUUUGUUCGGCUCUCUUGUCGUUUCUUCGCUCACUCUCUUCAGUUUAAUUCGUACAUGGUGUAUAUGAACUUGCAAAUAGUUUUAUUCUUCGUUGGCGCAACACUGUUUUUUCAAGUUAGCACAGCCAGAGUUUGCGGGUACUUGUGUGUUUUUACCUUCGGGAUGUUUGUACUUGUAUGUCCAGCUCAAAUCGAGAUACGGCAGCUUGUUCACUUUCACAAUCACGACGAGCCCGUGAGGCCGUGGGGGUGUUUGAAUCCGAAUAUCCGCUCGCACGUACGGCUCACGUUUUGCGGGAACUCAACGGUAGAUCUUCAUUGACUACGAGGCAGCCGAAGUUUCGUUCUUGGGGGGCAUGACCGAGUGAAGGAUUUGGGGGCGAUUGAAAAGUCGGGGCCUUAGGGCUUCUCUCGAGCUCCAGCUCGUGGAAGACGCGGGAAACGCAGGAUCAGGGCGAUGCCGGGGGGUGCCGUGCUGGAGACGCAGUCGGAAUUGCCUGCUGCUACAUUCUCGACGCAAGCCAAUGCGUUGCUUCGCAAAAAUCUAGUUUUCCAGAGGCGACGAUGGAAAACCAGCUUGCUGCUGGUGCUUUUCCCGGGGCUGCUGUGCGUUUUCCUGUUCACGAUGCAAAAGAUCAUCGACUCCGAGAACAACAAAGCCUCCAACAAGUGCGGCUGCGCUUGCGUGCCUCGCAACGAUUCCAGCGGCGCUUGCGACACGGUCUGCGGCGUUCAAUAUUCCACCGACAGGCAGGCGCUCACUUGCUCGGUUCCGUCGCCUCCGGAGGUCCCGGCCAUGCUUCAAGUCCCAGAUGCAAGAUACCGAGCCGUCAACUUUGAAGGAAAGUUUCCUGGAUUCCCAGAUCCACGAUGCCGUGACUCCGGAUCUUGCGAUUUCGUGUUCCUGUACACUGGGGGGAAUCGAUCAUUAGCCGACGCACUGACGAGUAAUUUACUAAGCGACGACUUCAAUGCUUCUCCCGAUCCCAUCUCCAUCUUGUCUACUAUCGUGCCGGGAACAUCCAGAAAAGUUCCAUUCUCUUACUUUUUGGAAGACGCAUUGACAAAAAACUUCAGCAUUUUGUUGCGUGACUGCACGAACGCCAUGGGAAUUCCAUGUGUUCCAACCGAUAUGGUUUGGAGAGACUCUAAGCAAUUGAUCGAGGAGGAUAUCUAUGACGGCUACAGAAGAGCGAACCCUGAAAGGUUCAUAAAUGAAAUAACUUUGGCUUACAACUUCCUGGACACAAGUUCUCAGAAUCUGGAUCUCGUUGUCUACUACAACUCAAGCUAUAGAGGCAACGUUGCAAGUAAUGCUAAUUCGGUUCUUCUUCGGGUUGCUCGAAGCAUGAAUAUAGCUGCUUCAUCGUUUCUGAAAAUGUUGCUUGGUCCUUCAACACAGCUGCCUUUGGCUUUUAUGAAAGAAAUGCCUAAGCAAGAAUCAAAACUACUGAUAAACUUCACACUGCUGCUUGGCCCUCUCUUUUAUAUGUGGGUGGUGCAGCUUUUAUUUCCGGUGAUUUUGGUCUCUUUAGUUUAUGAGAAAGAACGAAGGCUUCGAAUGAUGAUGAAAAUGCAUGGUUUAGGAGACGGCCCCUACUGGUUUAUCAACUACGUUUACUUCCUUGCCUUUUCGAUAUUGUACAUACUCUUUCUCAUGAUAUUUGGUGCUGCCAUCGGUAAGCUCAUUUUCAUCUGCGGUAUUCUAGUUGACGAGCAUGCUUUUCCAGGCUUGGACUUCUUCAGACAGAACAGUUACAGCAUACAGUUUGUAUUCUACUUUGUCUACAUGAACUUGCAAAUAGCUAUGGCUUUUCUUGGGACGGCACUAUUUUCACAUGCUUUGACUGCCACAGUUUGCGGUUACUUGUACGUUUUUGGGUCCGGGCUGUUAGGAUCGUUUCUCAUGGAAAACUAUAUCGAGGACACGAAUAUUAGCAGAAAGAUUAUCUUUGCGACCGAAAUACUUCCUGGUUUCGCUCUCCAUCGUGGCCUAUAUGAAUUCUCGCAGUAUGCGUUGCUGGGAUCAAGUGCUGGUGAAAAGGGAAUGGAAUGGAGGGACCUUGCAGACCACGAUAAUGGAUUGCGGCAGGUUCUUGCAAUAAUGCUCGUCGAGUGGAUUAUUUUCCUGGUUCUUGCACAAUACCUGGAUAAAGUGGUUGCUUCCGGGUGCGGGUUGAAGAGAAGGCCCUUGUUUUUCUUGGAAAGGUUUUUCCAAAAGUCGGCAACUGUAGCAAGUGAUACAGAUGAUAUAAGCAGACCCGACGUUGCAAAUGAGAGAGCAAUUGUUGAGACGUUAAGGACUGCUAGCAAUUCAUCCUUUGCUAUCAUAUGUGACGACUUGAAAAAGAUAUACGCUGGUAAAGAUGGAAAUCCGGAUAACUACGCAGUUCGAAGUUUGUCGCUGGCUAUACGGCGUGGAGAAUGCUUUGGUAUGCUAGGUCCAAAUGGUGCUGGAAAGACUACUAGCAUCAACAUGAUGAUCGGGUUUUUGACUCCAUCCUCAGGAAAGGCAUUUGUUGCGGGAUUGGAUAUUUCCAAAGACAUGGAUAAAAUCUACACAGUUAUGGGUGUCUGCCCUCAACACGAUUUGCUAUGGGGAUCACUGACUGGAAGGGAGCAUCUUCUAUUUUAUGGACGCCUAAAGAAUCUCAAGGGUGCUGCUCUGGACUCUGCCGUGGAAACAUCUCUGAAAAAUGUAAAUCUCUUCUAUGAUGGGGUGGGAGACAGAAGAGCAGGGACAUAUAGCGGUGGAAUGAAAAGACGGCUCAGCGUGGCCAUUUCUCUCAUUGGACAUUCAAAAGCGGUUUAUAUGGAUGAGCCAAGCACCGGAUUGGAUCCUGCCUCACGAAGGACGCUAUGGAACGCUAUCAAGAAGGCAAAGCAAGAUCGUGCUAUCAUAUUAACGACACAUUCAAUGGAAGAGGCAGAAGCCUUGUGCGAUCGCGUUGGUAUUUUCGUGAAAGGUCAGCUCCAGUGCAUUGGCAACACGAGAGAGCUCAAGUCCAGAUAUGGUGGCACUUACGUCUUCACUGUGACUGGCGACCCCUCGAAAGAGCAAGAAGUGGGAAAUCUGGUGCGCGAGUGGUCGAGUGGUGCAAAACAGGUUUACAACCUCUCUGGCACUCAAAAGUUUGAGAUACCGAAGGACGACGUGAAGAUAGCUAGGGUGUUUAGAGAAGUCGGCGAGUGGAAAGAGCGGCUGGGCAUCCAAGCGUGGGGAUUGACAGAUACCACUCUAGAAGAUGUUUUCAUCAAAGUAGCGACCAAUUAAACGAGAAAGAAAGAGAUCACAUGCAGUGCA